AUGACUGAAAUAAGUUAUUGUGGUAACACUACGCCAAAAGACGGUGUAAGUGUACCUCAAUUUUUUAGUCAAGGAGACGGUGUUACUUACAACGAUUUUAUUAUAUUGCCCGGCUACAUUGACUUUGCAGCUAAAGAAGUAGAUUUGACGUCUCCUCUCACCAAAAAAAUUAAUCUUAAAUUGCCACUUGUAUCUUCUCCAAUGGAUACAGUUACAGAAUCAGAAAUGGCCAUUGCAAUGGCUCUGUGUGGGGGAAUAGGUAUCAUUCAUCAUAAUUGCAGUCCAGAAGAACAAGCCCACGAGGUGAGCAAAGUAAAAAAAUAUAAACAGGGUUUUAUUAGAGAUCCGGUUGUUAUGAGUCCACAUCACACCGUGGCUGACGUUUUCAGAAUCAAAAAAGACCAAGGAUUUUGCGGAAUUCCUAUAACUCAAAAUGGUAAAUUAGGUGGGAAAUUAGUAGGAAUUGUUACAUCGAGAGAUAUUGAUUUUUUAGAAGAAAGCUUACAUAACAGUUUAAAAUUGGAUUCUGUCAUGACUAAAUUUGAAGACCUAGUUACAAGUAAUGCAGGAGUUACAUUGCAACAGGCUAAUAGCAUCUUAGAAAAGUCAAAAAAAGGAAAACUUCCCAUAAUAAAUGAUGACCAUGAGUUAGUUGCUUUGAUAGCAAGGACAGAUUUGAAAAAAUCCAGGAAUUUUCCUAAUGCAAGCAAGGAUGAAAAUAAACAACUACUAGUGGGUGCAGCAAUUGGUACAAGGGAAGAGGAUAAAGUUAGGUUAAAACUUUUAGUUCAAGCAGGAGUGGAUGUAGUAGUGUUAGACUCUUCUCAAGGAAAUUCAAUAUAUCAGCUUGAUAUGAUAAAAUAUAUUAAAAAUGAAUAUCCUGAAUUACAAGUUAUUGGUGGAAACGUAGUGACAGCUGCUCAAGCUAAAAAUUUAAUUGAUGCCGGAGUAGAUGGUUUAAGAGUAGGAAUGGGUAGUGGUAGUAUAUGCAUCACUCAAGAAGUAAUGGCUGUGGGCAGGGCUCAAGCUACUGCAGUAUUUAAAGUAUCAAAUUAUGCUAAGGAAUUUAAUGUGCCUGUAAUUGCUGAUGGAGGAAUAUCUUCUAUAGGUCACAUAGUAAAAGCAUUGGCUCUCGGAGCAUCUUCUGUAAUGAUGGGAUCAUUGCUGGCUGGAACCUCUGAAGCUCCAGGAGGAUAUUUUUUUUCUGGUGGAGUAAGAUUAAAAAAAUAUAGAGGCAUGGGGAGUUUGGAAGCUAUGAAUAAAAGAGGAAGUGGUACAGCUUCUAACAGGUAUUUUCAUGAUGAGUUAGAUAAUGUGAAAGUUGCACAAGGUGUUAGCGGAGCAAUAGUUGACAAAGGUACAGUAUUAAGGUUUUUGCCAUAUUUACAAUGUGGUAUGAGACACAGUUGCCAAGAUAUUGGUGCCAAAAGUAUUCAAAUGUUGAGACAUAUGAUGUAUUCAGAAAUUUUAAGAAUUGAAAAGAGAACACCAGCAGCACAAAUCGAGGGAAAUGUUCACGUAUUAAACUUUAUGUCUUUAAUACAUUCCACUUUGUAA